AUGGGAAGGGUAAAGAUUGGUCCAAUGAAAGCAUACAAAAUAAUGCAAGAGCUAAAUGGGGCAAACAAUGUUGGAGGGACUGUUGUUGACUACAAGAAUCAGUCUAGAAAAGUGAAUUGUUUUAUUGAAAAGGACGAUGCACAAAUGGUAGUUGAUAAGUAUUUGCAUAGAAUGAAAGACGCUCCUACUCUUACAUUUGAGUUUAUAUGUGAGAAAGGAAAGUUAGUUUCACUUUUUUGGGCUGAUGAAGCUGCAAAGGCGAACUAUAGAGAAUUUGGUGAUGUUGUUUCUUUUGAUGCUACUUUUCGGACUAACAAAUAUCAUAUGGUAUUUGUUCAUUUCACAACAAUCGAUAACCAUAGAAAGAGUGUUACUUUUGCAAUUGGUCUUUUGAGUAGUGAAACUACAGAAUCUUAUGUUUGGCUGCUUAAAACUUUUUUGAAGACUUUUGGUAAACAGCCGACUGUAGUUCUCACUGAUGAAGAUGCUGCAAUGAAAAUUGCAAUUGAGAGAAUAUUGUCUGAUUCACGUCACAGGUUAUCUAUGGACAGGCAAAGACAUAAUCAAUGUUACUUAGACCAUCUUAGCAAUAUUUUUAAGAUUAAAAGUAAAAUUUCACUAAAAAUCAUGGAACAUGCUGCUGAUAUCUAUACUAAUGAAGUCUUCAUAAAAGUGAAGAAAGAAAUUGAACAAUCUCUAUUUUCAUGUUCACAAUAUAGUGUUACGAAUGAAGAAUUUUAUGAUAGAUUUGUUGUUAUGCAAUAUAAAGAUAUUAUGGGGUCUACUCCAACAGUUGUUAAUGAAGAAGAUUCAGAAAGUGAAUAUGAUGUUCCAGAAAAGACUUAUUUUUUCAAGGUUGUUUAUGACAAGAAGGAAUCAAGUUUUGAAUGCUCUCGUUCAUUGUUCUUUCAGAAUGGUAUAUUAUGCAGGCAUAUAUUUUGCAUUUUUAGGACUUACCAAAUAAACAAGAUUCCUUCAAAGUACAUUCUUAGGCGUUGGUGUAAAGGUGUUAUUCCAUCUGAGGUUCUAAUGAAGCAAUGUUUAAAUGAUGAGACCUCAUCAUCAUCAUCAUUGUUAUAUGAUCCUCUUUCUCGUCAGGUUUUGAUUUUUGUGGAAGAAAGUGUGUCUAGUUUGAGUAAAGAUACGGAUAAGCUUAAGGAGUUUUUUGAACUUAUUAAAGAAGCAAAGUUGAAAGUUGAUGGUGUUUGUUCUACGUCAAUCUCUUCAAAUUCAUUGUUGAAAAUAAAAGAUAUUUUUGAGUUUGUUGAGUCAUCCUAUGGAGUGAAGAAGCCAUCUAUUUCUGAUAUUGGGAAUCCUUCAGAUGACAUAAGUAAUAAAGGAUGUGGUACAGGUAAGAGGUUGAAAGGAGCUAGAGAAAAAGCCAUUACUGAAUGA